GUUGCCAUGGCUGCCGCUGCCACAGGUGUGCGCUGUUAACGGUUUGAUUAAAGCGACAGUCGAUGCGGAAGUAAGUGAGUAGCGAGUUUAUUUUUAGCACGUGUGGGUGUUGUAAACACUGGAGGAAGAGGAAGAAGAGGAAAAAGAGGAGGGGGAAGAAGAAGAAGAAGAAGAAGAAGGAGAAGGAGGAGGAGAAGACGAAGGGUGCUGGAUUCCCCAACAUUGGAUUAAUUGGAAACACCUGGUGUCGUCAUCAGGCGCCGACCCGCGGUCUCCACCCGCGGCUUCCGGGUUCCACACGUUAGCUGAAGGCGUCGAGACACCGAGCUGCUUCCUGCACCAACAGAGGCCGAGCGACUUUACAGGAGUAUUUUCCCCCUGGAUGCAACUUUUAGCGGCUGUGGGAGACUUGUUGAAGACAAGAUGGAGGAAACUCGCCUCAAGAUGCACAAGGAGAUCCGGCGGAAGGGGGCGAAUCAGGCCUGGAGCAUCGGAGGUGGUGUUCAAACCACCCUGCUGUGGACGGGAGGAGAAAUGAGAGAGACUACCACCAGAAUUGACAACGCGACGACGUCUACGAACCAAUCAAUGACGGGUAUUGGAAGACGCAGCCCACGUAGGUGAUGACGACAGGACGUAGGAGUCCCGCGUUUGGCCCUCUCCAUGGGCGGCAGGGACUGCCUGCGCGCCGGGGACACCUGCUCCAGCGACGACACCUGCAGCCCGCGACUUCGCACCCUCAGGCAGUGCGUGGCCGGGGACGGCAGCGUGAAGCUGGGACCCGGGGCGCGCAACCAGUGCGAGAACGCCAUGACCGCUCUGCUGUCCACGCCGCUGCACGGCUGCCAGUGCAAACGGGGCAUGAAGAAGGAGAAGAACUGCCUGAGCAUCUACUGGAGCCUGCACCAGUCGGUGCUGCAUGGACUCAGCCUGGUGGAGAACUACCCGUACGAGCCGGAGGAGAGGGGCUCCGACUACGUUCGCCUGGCCUCCAUCGCUGCAGAAUCUGAAGUGACGACGGUGAACCGCUGCCUGGAUGCUGCCAAGGCGUGUAACAUAGAUGAGACGUGUCAGAAGCUUCGUACGGAAUACGUCUCGUCCUGCAUCCAGCCGUCGGCCCGCUCGGGGCCAUGUAACCGACCAAGGUGCAACAAGGCGCUGAGGAAGUUCUUCGACCGCGUUCCCCCCGACUACACCCACGAGCUGCUGUUCUGUCCCUGCACCGACACGGCCUGCGCAGAGCGCCGGAGGCAAACCAUUGUACCGUCCUGCUCCUACGAAGACAAGGAGAAGCCCAACUGCCUGGCUCAGCUGCGGAUCUGCAAGGCGGACUACGUGUGCAGGUCUCGCUGGGCACAGUUCCAGUACGAUUGCCAACCCUCCGAGCAGAGCGCCAGCGGCUGCAAGCAGGAGAACUACGGAGCAUGUCUACUGGCGUACACCGGCCUGAUAGGAAGCACGGUGACGCCCAACUACCUUGACAACUCCACCUCCAACGUGGGGCCCUGGUGCUCCUGCGCAGCGAGCGGCAACCACCGGGAACAGUGCAGCGACUUCCUCACCACCUUCCACGACAACGUCUGCCUGAAAAACGCCAUCGUGGCCUUCGGAAAUGGAUCAGAUGUGAAAACGGACGACAGCCAGCCCGCCAUGCCGAGUCCGGCGACGGACAAGCAGAGCCCGUUCCUGGCAACCACCGCCCCGGGUGUCUCCAUGGAAACAGAGCAGAACAUUCUGCGAGCACAGAUACCUACUCAGGUAAACGAGAACGACAGAUUGUGGGGCGACGAGGGCGACUCCACUCUCCCGUCUCCGGGCCUGUCGGACGGCGGCGCCCGGCCCGUCCCCCUGUCCCUGCUCCUGGGCCUCGGCUGGCUGCUGCCCACCGCGCUGCUGCUCUCCGACUAA